AUGUCAUCAGAUGAGGCUCCAUCUGUGCCAGAAAACAACAAAAAUAACCCCGAUGUUAUAUAUCUUACGUUGAUCUUGGUGAACUCAUCGAAAAGUCAUGAAUUCACAAUCUCCCCAAAGUCAUCUGUUACUGAGAUCACACGACAUGUAUUCGAAAAUUGGCCUGAAGAAUGGAACGAUCAUAAAGUUGAGAGGCCCGAUAUUCUCCGACUCGUCUUUCAGGGACGAUUCUUGCACGACGACAUGACACUGGAUCGAAUCAGGCUACCGGGAAAACGAUUUGCGAUGCAUCUUUUACCUAGGGAGCGCCUCCCAGACCACGAAUCACACAACCCACGGCAGCGAGAAAAGGCUGGCUCACAAAGACGAGGCUGUUGUACGCUGCAAUGA